GCAUAGGGGACUAUUCUACCUUGUAAAGGGUAUCUUUUCUUUCUUUUUUCUUGCCAACUCCUUUAAGAUGAAAGAAAAUGAAGAAGCAGAAAUAGUUGAGCUAGGCGUCAAUGCUAAUAAGUUUAAACGUUUCGAAUUAAAACGGUGGGAUGCCGUCGCACUAUGGUCGUGGAACAUCCAGGUAGAUACAUGUGCGAUUUGUAGAAAUCAUAUUAUGGAUCUUUGUAUUGAGUGUCAGUCCAAUCAAAGUCCACCGGAAAAGUGCACAGUAGCGUGGGGAGCAUGUAAUCACGCUUUCCACACGCAUUGCAUUUCGCGCUGGUUAAAGACGCGAAAUGUCUGUCCAUUGGAUAACAAAGAGUGGGUUUAUCAGAAAUAUGGUGCCUAAAUUUUCGCUUGAGGUCUAGUACAAUAGAUAGGGGAAGAUAGAAAAUAUCAUUCUUAUCUGCAUAGCUUUAU